UUAAGCACGUCAGUAAAAGAAAUGGAUACCAUUCAAGCUUCAUCUUGUAAAAAUAAUCUAAAGCAAGUUCUGAAAUCAAAUAAAUGUGAACCAACUAAUUUUAGAAAUGACUCUCACUCUGUAAGAAUACUAGAAGAUUUACAAUCUCUACGCAAAAAUGAAUAUUUAUGCGAUGUUAGAUUUGAAGCUGAUGAUGGUAAAAUUGUUAUUGGGCAUAAAAACGUUUUAAUAGCAGCUAGCCCAUAUUUCCGGGGAAUAUUUAGUAAUUUUGCCAAGAGAAGUAAAGAUCUUAUUAAAAUAAGAGAACUAGACUCUACCAUUUUACAACUAUUAGUAGAUUAUAUUUAUACUGGAGAAAUUAUGGUCACAAAAGAAAAUGUACAGGUGUUGUUACCAGCUGCAAAUGUAUUACAGUUGGAUUAUGUAAAUGGUGUAUGUGCUGAGUUUUUACAAAAACAACUGGAUCCGUCAAAUUGUAUUGAUAUCAAAGCAUUUGCUGACUUACAUAAAUGUACGGGAUUGUUGUCGAGUUCUGAUGCAUAUAUUAAACAACAUUUUUUAGAAGUAGCUAAAGGCGAAGAUUUUUUAUCCUUACCUUCUGAAGAUUUAAUGAAGCUUAUUUCCUCUAAUGACCUAGCUGUUCCAUUUGAAGAAAAAGUAUUUGAUUGUGUUAUCAAAUGGGUAAAACAUGAUUCAGAUCAUAGAAUAGAUUUUUUGCCAAAAUUAAUGGAACAUGUACGUUUGCCAUUACUUAAGCCUGAUAUAUUAUUUAAUAUAUAUGAAGAACCUCUCCUAAAUACUAGUUCUAAAUGUAACAAUUAUUUAGUUGAAGCCUUACGUUUUAAUCAUCAAAAAUCAGUUCAGCAUUUUACCAUUCCAAAAACAAUAAAGUUUAAACCUAGACAGUUUGGUGGUUCUCAAAAAGUUAUAUUAAUGUUCAAUCAACGGUCAGACACAUCGCCUAAGUGUUAUACAGAAUGGUAUGACCCAGCAACCCAACUACGAGAGAAUGCACCAGGAAUAAAUGAUUGUCAUCAGCUGGCUGGUCUAGGUGUCAUAAGAGAUCAAUUUGUGUUUGUUAUGGGUGGUGUGAAUGGAAGAAGUUCUAAAUCUGUUAGUAUGCUUGAUGUAUCUUCACAAUCGCCCUCUUGGGUUCCAAUGGUGGACAUGUUAGUUAGCAGGAGGCGAUUGGGAGUUGGUGUAUUGGAUAAUUGUAUAUAUGCAGUUGGUGGAUGUGGCGGCAAUAGUGCUUUAAAUAGUGUAGAGGUUUUUGAUGUCAGUAUUCAAAAAUGGAGAUUGGUAACUAGUAUGUCUACUGAAAGAUGUGAUUUGGGUGUUGGUGUUCUCAAUAAUUUAUUAUACGCGGUUGGGGGUGCUCGUAAUGGUAAAUGUUUGAAAUCUGUGGAAUAUUAUGAUCCCGCACUUGACACAUGGUCUUCAGUUGCAGAAAUGUCUGAAUGCCGGGAUGGUGUUAGUGUAGGAGUCUUGGACGGUCUUAUGUAUGCUAUUGGUGGCUAUAGUAGUGGACAGUAUCUUAAAAGUGUUGAGGUUUAUAGACCGAAUGAUGGAGUUUGGUCAUCCGUAGCUGAUAUGCAUUUCUCUCGAUACAGGCCUGGAGUAGCCACAUUAGAUGGUUUGUUAUAUGUUGUUGGUGGAGUAACUGAAAAAUCUAUUGUUGAUAUUGUAGAAAUUUACAACCCUAUGACCAAUACUUGGAUCAUGAAGACAUUGUCAAGACAUGGAGUACGAGUUUAUGGUGGAGUAGUCGUUGAUAGACCACUUUAUUAUCAUGUGUUAGGUAUGUCAGUGAAAGAAAUGGAUACCAUACAGACUCCACCUUGUGAAAAUACCCUAAAGCAAGUUCUGAAAUCAAAUAAAUGUGAACCAACUAAUUUUAGAAAUAACUCACACUCUGCCAGAGUACUGGAAGAUUUACAAUCUCUACGCAAAAAUGAAGUUUUAUGUGAUGUUAGAUUUGAAGCAGAUGAUGGUAAAAUUGUAAUUGGACAAAAAAUUAUUUUAAUGGCAGCUAGUCCAUAUUUUCGUGCAAUGUUUGAUGAAAGCAAUAAAGAUCUUAUUAAUAUAAGAUCAUUGGAUUCCACCAUUUUACAGCUAUUAGUAGAUUAUAUUUAUACUGGAGAAAUUUUGAUCACAAAAGAAAAUGUACAGGUGUUGUUACCAGCUGCAAAUGUAUUGCAGUUACAUUAUGUAAAUGGUGCAUGUGCUGUGUUUUUACAAAAAACACUGGAUCCAUCUAAUUGUCUUAGUAUCAGAGCUUUUGCAGACUUACAUAACUGUACAGAUUUGUUGUCGAGUUCUGAAGCAUAUAUUAAACAACAUUUUUUAGAAGUAGCUAAAGGCAAAGAUUUUUUGUCCUUAUCUUCUGAAGAUUUGGUGAAGCUUAUUUCGUCUAAUGACCUUGCCGUUCCAUUUGAAGAAAAAGUAUUUGAAUGUGUUAUCAAAUGGGUAAAGCAUGAUUUGGAUCGUAGAAAUGAUUUUUUGCCAAAAUUAAUGGAACAUGUACGUUUGCCAUUAUUAAAGCCUGAUGUAUUAUUUAAUAUAUCAAGAGAACCUCUUGUAAGCAAUAGUCCUAAAUGUAACGAUUAUAUAAUCGAAGCUUUUUAUUUUAAUCAUAAAAAGUCAAUUCAGCAAUUCACCAUACCAAAAACGAUUAGGUUUAAACCUAGACAGUUUGAUGGUUUUCAAAAAGUUAUUUUAAUGUUCAAUGAGUCUGAUACGUCUCCAAAGUGUUAUACAGAAUGGUAUAACCCAGCAACCAAACUACGUGAGAAUGCACCAGGGAUAAAUGAUUGUCGUAAGACAGCUGGCUUUUGCGUAAUAAGUGAUCAAUUUGUGUUUGUUAUGGGUGGCGUAAAUGGAUCAAGUUCGAAAUCUGUUAGCAUGCUUGAUGUAUCUUCACAAUCAGUCUCUUGGAUGCCAUUAAUCGACAUGUUAAUUAGUCGAAAACGAUUAGGAGUCGGUGUAUUAGAUGAUUGCAUCUAUGCAGUUGGCGGACAUGACAACACCCGCGUAUUAAAUAGUGUAGAGGUGUUUGAUAUUAACAUUCAAAAAUGGCAAAUGGUGUCCAGUAUGUCUGUUAGGAGAUAUAAUUUGGGUGUUGGUGUACUUAAUAACUGUUUAUUCGCGGUUGGAGGUUAUAAUGGUAAAUUUUUGAAAUCUGUUGAAUAUUAUGAUCCCACACUUGACACAUGGACACCAGUUGUAGAUAUGUCUAAAAAUCGUGAAGGUGCUGGUGUGGGAGUCUCAGACGGUCUUAUGUAUGCUAUUGGUGGUUAUGAUGGAAAUUAUCUUAAAAGUUGUGAGGUUUACAGACCAAGUGAUGGAGUUUGGUUUUCUAUAGCUGAUAUGCAUUUGGGCAGAUACAGGCCUGGAGUAGCUGUAUUGGAUGGUUUCCUGUAUGUAAUGGGCGGAAAAUCUGAUGAAGCUAUCAAUGAUACUUUAGAAAUAUACAACCCUUUUACCAAUACUUGGACCAUGGAGAGAUUGUCAAGAAAUGGUAUACGGAUAUAUGGUGGGGUAGUCGUUGAUAGACCACAUCAUUAUAAUUAAUUAGCUUACAGAAGCACUCAUUGUUUGUAGUAAUAUGAACAUAUUUUCGUAUAAAUUAUGAUGACAUGUGUAUUGUUUUAUGUAUUUUUAUUUUUUGAAUAUCUGAUAUGAAUUUUUUUUAUAAUUUUUACUGACUAUUUUCAAAUAAAAUAA